GAGCGCGGGACGCGGCUGCAGGAAGAGGGUGGCCGGCAGCACUUCCAAUUCGUCGGCGGCGAGGGCGGCACGGGGAAAUCUCGCGUCAUCCACGCCAUCAAAGACAUGUUCCGGCUCAAAGACGGCCUCCACACGCUGAUCCUGACGGGCGCCAGCGGCAACGCGGCCGCGCUCAUCGGCGGAGUGACACUGCACUCGGCGGCGAACAUU